CGCCGGCGGCCCCGGCAUGGAGAAGCGGGUGGUCGCUGGGCCGGAGGGGGCGCCGGGCCCCCGGGCGCAGCUCGCCGUGGUCUGCCUGGUGAACAUCUUUCUCACCGGGAGACUCAGCAGCGCAGUUCCCGCCUUGGCCGCCUGCAGCGGGAAGCUGGAGCAGCACACGGAGCGGCGUGGUGUCAUCUACAGCCCAGCCUGGCCCCUCAACUACCCCGCGGGCACCAACUGCAGCUGGUACAUCCAGGGCGACCGUGGGGACAUGAUCACCAUCAGUUUCCGUAACUUUGACGUGGAAGAGUCCCACCAGUGUUCCCUGGACUGGCUGCUGCUGGGCCCUGCAGCUCCACCCCGCCAGGACGCCUUCCGGCUCUGCGGCUCGGCCAUUCCUCCCGCCUUCAUCUCUGCCCGCGACCACGUCUGGAUCUUCUUCCACUCAGACGCCUCCAGCUCCGGCCAGGCCCAGGGCUUCCGUCUCUCCUACAUCCGAGGGAAGCUGGGCCAGGCAUCCUGCCAGGCAGAUGAGUUCCGCUGUGACAACGGCAAGUGCCUACCGGGCCCGUGGCAGUGCAACGCGGUGGACGAGUGCGGAGACGGCUCAGAUGAGGGCAACUGCUCAGCGCCUGCUUCGGAGCCACCGGGCAGCCUGUGCCCCGGGGGGACCUUCCCGUGCAGCGGGGCGCGCUCCACCCGCUGCCUACCUGCCGAGCGGCGCUGCGAUGGCACCCAGGACUGCGGCGACGGCUCCGACGAGGCUGGCUGCCCCGACCUGGCGUGCGGUAGGCGGCUGGGCAGCUUCUACGGUUCCUUCGCCUCCCCAGACCUGUUUGGCGCGGCCCGCGGGCCCUCGGACCUUCACUGCACGUGGCUGGUGGACACGCAGGACCCGCGGCGUGUGCUGCUGCAGCUGGAGCUGCGUCUCGGGUAUGAUGACUACGUGCAGGUGUACGAGGGCCUGGGCGAGCGCGGGGACCGCCUGCUGCAGACGCUGUCCUACCGAAGCAACCACCGGCCUGUGAGCCUGGAGGCCGCGCAGGGCCGUCUCACCGUGGCCUACCAUGCCCGUGCCCGCAGCGCCGGCCACGGCUUCAACGCCACCUACCAGGUGAAGGGCUACUGCCUCCCAUGGGAGCAGCCUUGCGGGGGCACCACCAGCGGCGCUGAGGGGGACGGAAGUGACGCUGGCGACCAGGGCUGCUUCUCGGAGCCCCAACGCUGUGAUGGCUGGUGGCACUGUGCCAGUGGCCGGGAUGAGCAGGGCUGCCCCGCCUGCCCUCCUGACCAGUACCCCUGUGAGGGCGGCAGUGGGCUGUGCUAUGCUUCUGCUGACCGCUGCAACAACCAGAAAAGCUGCCCGGAUGGUGCCGACGAGAAGAACUGCUUCUCUUGCCAGCCGGGCACCUUUCACUGUGCCACCAACCUGUGCAUCUUCGAGACAUGGCGUUGCGAUGGUCAGGAGGAUUGCCAGGAUGGCAGCGAUGAGCACGGCUGCCUGGCCGCUGUGCCCCGCAAGGUCAUCACGGCCGCCCUCAUCGGCAGCCUGGUGUGCGGCCUGCUGCUUGUCAUUGCCCUGGGCUGCGCCUUCAAGCUCUACUCCCUGCGCACACAGGAGUACAGGGCCUUUGAGACCCAGAUGACGCGCCUGGAGGCCGAGUUUGUGCGGCGGGAGGCGCCCCCGUCCUACGGUCAGCUCAUCGCCCAGGGCCUCAUCCCGCCCGUGGAGGACUUUCCUGUCUACAGUGCGUCCCAGGUCUCUGUGCUUCAGAAUCUUCGCUCGGCCAUGCGGCGACAGAUGCGACGCCACGCCUCCCGCCGGGGGCCCUCCCACCGCCGCCUUGGCCGCCUUUGGAACCGGCUCUUCCACCGGCCGCGGGCACCUCGAGGCCAGAUCCCCUUGCUGACCGCUGCCCGCACCUCGCAGACAGUGCUGGGUGAUGGGGUCCUGCAGCCCGCCCCAGGGGCCACCUCAGGGCCCAGAACUGACACAGGCAGCCCCCAAGCAGCCGGUGACGCACCCCCUGGGGCCCCUGGCCAUGCACCAGAGGGGGGACCUUCAGGGCCACCCCCAUCCUUGGGCCUCCGAGACCCAGAGGGCAGGCAGCCCGUGGACAAGGACAGAAAGGCCAGCAGGGAGCCACCUGUGGACAGCCAGGUCCCUGCGGACACACCCCGGGAGCCCUGCUCAGCCCAGGAUUCCCACAUACAAGCUUCCACUGCCAGCAGCACCCUGGGCUCCCAGCCGCCGGAGCCGCUGGGGGUUUGCAGGAGCCCUCCAGCACCCUGCUCCCCAACGUUGGAGGUCAGUGAUGACGAGGCCCUCCUGGUGUGCUGACCUUUAGCAUAAACUGGGGACAGCCACAGCUCUGCUUUGUAACCAGGAAAUACACAGUUGUUUCUA